AUGUCAUUGCAUUGCUUUUCCAGGACUGUCUGCCCUAUGAACAUGAGAAACUACACGUCUGUGACUGAGUUCAUCCUCUUGGGGAUCCCUAAUACUCAAGGGCUGGAGAACAUGAUCUUUGUUGUGUUCCUCACUUUCUAUACCUUCUCCUUGCUGGGCAAUCUCAUCAUCUUCCUUACCAUUCUGGCUUCCCCCAACCUCCACACCCCCAUGUAUUUCUUCUUGGCAAACCUGUCGAUGUUUGAUAUGCUUUUCCCUUCUGUGAAUUCCCCCAAGAUGAUGGUCUUGCUAGUGGGUCAAAGCCGUACCAUCUCUUACCAGGGCUGUGCCUCUCAGGUCUUCUUCUACCACACUCUGGGAGGCACUGAGUGUUUCCUGUACACUGUGAUGGCCUAUGACCGCUUCGUGGCCAUUUGUCACCCUAUGCGAUACACGGUCAUCAUGAACCCCACAGUAUGCACUGGCCUGACAGUGGGCACUUGGCUGGGGGGCUGCCUCCAUGGCAGUGUCCUCACCUUCCUCACCUUCAGGUUACCCUACUGUGGCCCUAACAAAGUACACAGCUUUUUCUGUGAUAUCCCAAUGGUGUUGACCCUGGCCUGUGCAGACACUUCAAUGGCACAGAUGGUGAGUUUCACCAACGUGGGCGUUGUUGCACUCUUGUGCUUUAUUCUCAUCCUCACUUCAUACAUUCGCAUUAUUUUCUCCAUAUUGAAAAUCCGCUCCUCAGAAGGCAGGCGCAGAGCCUUCUCCACCUGCAGUGCCCACCUGACCUCCAUCCUCUUAGCCUAUGGGCCUGUGAUUCUUGUCUAUCUCAAGUCGGCUUCCAACCUCUGGCUAGAUGCUGCUGUUCAGGUGUUAAACAAUGUCAUCACUCCUUCCCUCAAUCCUUUAAUUUAUUCCCUAAGAAACAAGGAUGUGAAAUUAGCCCUGCGGAAGGUGUUAGUACAAGUGAUUAACCCUUCUGGGAAAUAA